GCUGGAAGAUUAUGAUGAUCUCAUGCCAAUCUGGACACGUCAGAGUGAGACUCUGAAAGAAACCUAUAGUGAAUAUUUUCUUGCUGAUCUCAUAGAACGUCAGGAUGAAGAAAAUCAGGCUGUUGUUUGUGAGGAUGGUGACACUGCAGUAGGAUUCAUGAGCUUAUGUUCUCAAGUAAAUGUUGCCUUGUUUCAAGAGUGUUUUGACUUAGGGCCUUUCCAUGGACUCUGUAAACCACAUCCUGAAGAUGUACUCAAAAUACCACUGAAGCCAAGCAUUCAAGAAGAUGAAGAUAAAAGCAACCAAACAAGUCAAGAAACAGAGUCUGUUUCAUCUCAAAACUUUGAACAUAUUCAUGAUGAGGAUGCAGCUGGGCAGAAGGAUGGAGCCACUACCGUUUCCUAUACUGAACUGCCGUUAAGUGAUGUCAAAGAUUUCAAAGCCUCAGCAACACUGCUCCUUGAGACUGAAGAAAAAAGUGCUUUUCAUCCAGUGUACAGAGGAGCUUCAAAUGCUUUCUGUAUCCGUCUGUUUUGUAUUGAUGAGAAGCAUGAAACUAGAUCGCUGGAUUUUUUGCAUUAUGUUUUCAAGCUUUUUCCAGACAAAGACUUCUGUGUCAUCCUUGUGCCACAUCGUGUACCAGAGUUCCACCUGAUCCAGAGUUUUGUUCGGGUUGUCCCUUCCUGUACUUCCAGACUUGGUCAUGAGCUUUAUGUGUUCCACCGUGCGGGAUUGCUCAAGUCAUUUAAUGUAAGAAGAGUAACCACCAGUGACCUACUUGGUGUCAAAAUGCUCAUUAAAACCCUCAGCUUGAAUGAAAGUAUCCUGAAUGACUUAAAGAUAUUUACCAUGGCUCGCAGGGAUCCCGAUGGGAUCCCAGUACAGGCUUUUAUAGCAGAAGUUUUGGAUCAAAUAGUUGGCAUUUCUGUCAUUAGAGAUGAAACGGAUAUUGAGUAUAUUCAAUCACAUUACAGCAUCGAAGAUUUUAUUAAUUUUAAUCACCACCAGCAAGAGGAACAUGGACAUCUUUACCACUUUGUCUUGAAUCCUGUAUUUCAUCACUAUACAAAACACUUUCUAAAGGAAAUUCUUCGCUUGGCCCACAAAUCUUUUCUUUACUAUCCUAUCUAUCCCCAGUAUGUGGAAGGCAAGAUCGCUGUCUUUCAGUUUCAGAAUCCCUGUGCCCAUUCCCUGACAUCUGCCCUUCAUUACAUGGUUCCCGUGCGACCAAGACGACAGAUUGUCUAUCCUCUGGAAGAGCUUGGCAUAAACGCUCCAUCAGAGCAGGUCUCCAAGGAUCAGUUGAGCUAUUCUUUGAACCACAUAAAUCGAAAGCUGGUACUGAAAUCUAGAGCAUCUAUCAACACUAGAAUUGUGGUAGUUGGUGCAUCUGAUGUUGGCAUCUCUUUUCUGGAAAAGCUCAUUUUUUGUCCACAUCUGAAGUUCAACAAUCUGACCUUGAUUUCAAUUCAUGGCCUUCCAGGAAAAGACCUACUGGGCUCCAAACAUAGAAGAUUUUUAAUUAACAGCCACUGUUUUAAUGAUGAAGAUUAUGCACAGAUGUCACUUUGUUCCUGGGUUAACGUUGUGGUUGGUAAAAUGACUGGCAUAAAUCGCGCUGCCAAAUACGUAGUUGUUUCCAAGGAGAAGAAAGUACCAUAUGACUACCUUGUUCUCUGUACGGGGCAGAAAUACCAGGUCCUGUCUCCCACUGGAGCAGAUAUCAGUAAACUCCCAACUAACAAAGAAGUCCGAAGUAGCUGGCCAGAAAGAUACACGGGGAAAGUCCCUUCCAAUCACUUUACUCUCAAUGACGAUCAGGACUGCUUAAAGGCAGUGCACUGGCUGAAAGAAAAUGUUGUCAACUCGAAAGGGAACGUCAUUGUCUAUGGGAAUACAAUUGACAUUUACACCACGGUAGAAAUGCUCUUAUCUCUUGGAAUUAAUGGUUCUCGCAUACAUCUGGUACAGCCUCCACUCAGCUCAAAUGUUACUUGCCUUAACAACAACGAAAUCGAAAGUGCUGUUCAGGAGGCACUGUCAAAGGCUGGCGUGUCUGUUUAUUAUGACAGUAUCCUGGCACAGUGGAACGGAGGCGACGACCCAGACCUUAUCACAUGUGCUGCUUUCACUACUGAUACAAAACCAUUUAAAUUGCAGUGUUCAGCAUUUUUUAGCUUUGCCUACAGGACAGUGGAUUAUGAAACCUUUAAGGCAAUUAACGAUGCUUGCCUUGUUUUUGAUGGAAGACUUGUGAUUGAUACCAAAUUCUGUACUAAUGAUGUCAGUAUCAGGGCUGCAGGUCCGUUAACAAAAUACUCCAGGAGAUACUACGUAGAUGAAUGGACACAUAGCAACUUCAGUUCAAAAGAGAUUGGCUUUGAGCUUGCUGCAUCUAUGCUGAAUCUCUUUGAUCCAGCCCCUAAGCCCCUUCCUGAGCCACCAGAAGGCACAGAUAGACUCAUCCCCAAGUACAAAGGGUGCAAAAUUAAAGGAGGUGUUCUUCCUGGAGGUUAUAAUUACUUGCAUAUUUCCAAACCAGAAAUACCCAUCCGCUUGGACUUAGAACUUGCACUGUGUGAUCAUGGGGUGGAGAUUAUAACCGGAGAGGCAAGACAUGGGAAUUAUUUCAGGGUGCAUAUCAACAAAUAUAGUAUGGUAGAUAGCAUCACUUGCUUUUCAAAGGAACCCUUUCCUGUCUCCAACUACAUUUGCUUGUAUGGACAGCAUGAACGUCUUCUUAAUGAUCUUUAUUAUCGCUGGAAUGCAAGGCAGAUUACAGAUCUUUACAGCUACUUCAGGGAACCUUGGUCCAUGGCCAUCUAUCACGAUCGGUUUAUUGAUCUCAAGAAGGAACUGCGCCAAAUCCUGAUGUUGGAACAG